CGAAUCGAGGGUGCACUGCGUAAACAUUGUGCUUCAUUACUGAGACAUGGCCGAUAACUCAUGGACGAAGAGGAUGCUACGGCGAUACGAUUGUUGUCGAUACCAUCACAUUACAGGACAGCGGCGGACUUCGCCUAUUUGCACAAUUACCUGCGCAACAUCGAGGGCCUCGCUGUCCCCGGUCCAUCCUCCGCUCAUCGUGACUCGGAGUUACGUGCCAUCUGUCAGCACGCACGGUACCGCCGAGUCCCUGGUGAUGUGAUGCUUUAUCAAGCUGGGGAUGUGUGCGAUUCUUGGUUCAUCUUGCUCAGUGGGUCCGUCUUGAUCGAUUCAUCAAUGUUCCUACCCCGGGCUUGCUUCGGCACUCGUAUCAAUGGGGCAAUGUUUCGCCGCUUUGAUUGUCUGGUUCUGGAGCCAUCCGAUUUGAUCGUUAUCGAUUAUCCAAACAAACCGGCCCCGGGACUUUCUGGCAUCCAUCGUCCAGCAGUUGUGUGCCACAAGCGACGAUCCUCACUUGAUGCUGGACGGGAAUUGGCUGUGCCCAAUGACCUCGUUCAGGCCCGCCCCGAUCUAACAGCGACGGUGCCCGUAUUCAGAGAUGCAGCAAAUACCACUCAUGCUUCUGUGUCUUCUAUUACUCUCCCCUCUUCCUCGUCCCCGGUUCCCAUUGUCAAAUCUGGUUCCCAUGUGGAUCGACUACCGUCCACCGACAUCAGUAAAGACCAUUCAUCUGCUCGCCGGUCUCAGUUAAGCGACACAUCAUCCGCUCAGUCAAUGAGUUCUUCUGGUAUCGGUGGUACCGGUUCCGAUCGGAAGGAAAGUAUGGACUCCUCCUUGGACGAGGCAAAUCGAGGAGUGAUUGCUUGGUCUAUUUCUGCUGCUCCUGUUGGAGACAGCAGUUUGAUAGAUUCGGAUGAAGAUGACGAGGAGGCUGAGGAGGAUUUCGAGUCAAGCAGUCAUGAGUCUCUUCGAGAUGCAUUCUGGGAGUCCAUACUCAAGGUACCUUCUGAGCGUACUGAGGAGGACAUCCGCAUUUUAAUGGAGAACGUGCAACAGUUGCCUGCGUUCUCCAACCUCACUAAGGCAACUUGUCGCGCUUUAUGCAGUGUUAUGAUUAUUGCAAUGGUACAUGAAGCAGGUCAAGUUGUUUUGGACGAGGACGAGCCACUGGACACCUGGUCUGUAGUUCUAAAUGGAACAGUCGAGGUUAUCGAACCCGACGGCACCAUACGAGAAUUGACACGCGGAGACGCCUUUGGAGUGCGACCGGUAAAGGGUGAACGCACCCAUCGCGGUGUCAUGCGCACCGUCACGGAGGAUUGCCAAUUUGCAUGUGUGCCCCAAGUUCAAUACAUGGAAAUCAUGAGUAAGGAGGGAGAAGCCGAAAUUCCUGAAGUUGGCGAAGGGGGGCGAGUUGUCCUUGUCUACGAGGCCCUGGAACCGUGUUCAUCCACCGCUUCUGCCGGCACGGCCGUCAGUACGAACAGCACUCUAGUCAAGAAGGUUGGCCGCGUUGUGACCAAAGGUACCCCCGAGAAGCUAAUCGAGCAUUUGGUUGCCGAUUUAUCUAGUGUAGAUGUCACCUAUCCCGAAGACUUCCUUCUCACCUAUCGCACUUUCUUGGAGUCACCGAAGCCCAUCGUGGUGCGUUUGCUCUCCUGGCAUUUGCACAGUCCUCACUUGCGCCCUCGAGUCAAUCGUAUUGUCCUCUUAUGGAUACACAACCACUUCAGCGAUUUUGCCGAUAACCCGGAGAUGAUGCGGUUUUUGGAGCAAUUCGAUCGAAUGCUCAUUUCAGACGGAACAGCCGGGGAAAGACGCUUGUUCCAACUGGCGUGUAGCACCAAGGCGCGCCCGCGAGAAGUCGUCUUGGAUUUACCGCUCCAUCAAUCCAGCCGAACGACAUCUGCACAUUCAGCAACUGCUGUGAUCAUUCCUUUCUCUCUGAUCGGAGGUCAGCACGGUGUCGGCAUCUUUGUCGAUCAUGUGGAUUCGAAGUUCGCCAGCGCCUUGGAAACAAACGCAUGGAAUCCUGCCGGAAAGCCAACUUCUCCUUCAAUCUGUUCCUCUUCCUAUCCAUCCUCUUCUUCCUCUUCUGCUGUCUCAUCUUCUUCUAGCAUGAGUGGUUUGUCAGGACGCCAACAAAUUCGCCGUGCUGAUCAGCUCUUAUCCAUAAACGGAAAUUCUGUCGAUGGCCUCAGCCCUAGUGAGGUCAUCCAACUGAUCCACUCAUUCGGAUGUGUCGCAGCGGCUGAUUGCUCCUCCUCGUUUUCCUUCUCCUCUUCUUCCUAUUCGUCUGCGUCCGAUGACGCCUGGAUGCCCGUACCUGUGUGCACUCUGAGGCUUGUAUUGGUGUACAAUCCUGUGCAAUACCACCAGCUUAUCAGAACAUUAGAAUCUCAAACUUCCAGUUCGCCCUCUGUCGUCCGAUGUCAAAAUCACACGCAGUCCGUCCGCUGUGACGUGACGCGGUUCACAGGAUCCUAUUUGAAUGACUCUUAUGAUACCCAGUGCAUCGGGAACAACAAUUUCCCUACCAACAGUGACCUGCCCCACGCGCCAGUACCCAAUUCGCACCUCAAACCACCCGAUGUUGGUCCCCCUCUAUCGUCCACCAUCACCCAGCGUCGGCGAAGUGAUCAUAGCCACGAGCGCAGCAGUGACGCUUGCAUAGUCAAGGAAGACUUUAACAAUUCCAGCUCUUCAUUCGUUCGGUCCCACAGUGCUCACGCAUCACCCACUCGAGUGCAUAAUGGUGGCGAGGCUUCGAACUUUUGUGAAAAUUCGACUUCUGCACAAUAUGUCCAAUCGGACUGUCAGCACUGGCCUGAAAACCGACAUUUCUCAGGCUCACCGAAGCGUUCCGGUGCUCCGAAAAAGUUGGCGGCUUCCGACAACAGCAGUUUACAGCUGUUGCGCCGGUCGCAGCGUUCGUCUUCCCAACCGGACCUGACGGCACUUGAGUUACCCAUCCCCGGUUCUAACAUCGGGGCACCACAUUGUAAGCCGAUCUAUCCUCCUGAGCACACCCACUCGACCGAGUCCACAUUGUCCGUGAUCCGCGUCUGGCGUUCCAGCGAAAACGGACGUGAUCAUUCUAGCAAGCUGGUCCUCCUACCGCGCCGUCAAACCAAUGCGCUUGAGGCAACGCGUCUGGCUGCAGAGGAAUUUUGUGUUCCUGAGGACGAGUUCGACAUGUACUGCUUAUAUCACGUCACCGUGGAGGCUGGCCCGUUGGUGAAACAAAGUCGUUUGGCCAACUCCGUGGAUGAUUUAGCCGGUCGUAUGACUUUGAACGCUCGGUAUUAUUUGAAGCACAUCCGCAGUCAUGAACCGUUGAUUGCGGAUGAUUUGGCCAAAUCGAUUCUGGCUGAAAGUCGAGUAACAUUUUUACAACUUUCCCCUGAGGAUUUGGCUGUUCGGCUUACAUUGGAUGACUAUGAGGUGUUCCGUGCCGUUCAGUCAACCGAAUACAUCGAUGAGGUAUUCGGACUGUCAACCGACAUGCCAUGUCCUGUCGGUUUUCCUACAGGUCGGUCGAAUCUGGACCGUUUCACUGAACUGGUGAACAGGGAAGCCUAUUGGGUCCCAACAGAAAUCUGCAGUGAGCCCAAUCUGAGUCGCCGUGUGGAUAUGCUGAAACGCUUUAUCAAGUUGGCCAAACUGUGCCGUGAACUGCGCAACUUCAACACCAUGUUCUGCCUGUUAGUUGGGUUGCAUCAGACCCCUGUGGAACGAUUAAAACAGACGUGGGAGCGGUUACCAAACAAAUAUCACAAAUUAUACCGAGACCUCAGUAUGGUACUGGAUACAUCUAGGAACUUUUUCCAAUAUCGCAACCUGCUCACUGCCAAUGACGCGUCGGCUCCGAUGCUCCCUUAUCUUCCUCUGGUGCUCAAGGAUUUGACAUUCAUCCAUUUGGGUAAUCCAUCCCAGACCGCCGAUGGGCUGAUCAACUUUGUUAAGCUGCGAAUGCUGGCGAAGGAAAUUCGAGCCGUGUGUCGAAUGUGCAACGUAGACUACGAUGUUCAGUCAACACACCGUCUGCUCCGUCGGUCUAUCGCAGGUGGCCGCACACUGAGUUGGGCUGUUACUGGUCCUAAAGGAUAUACUUCGGGGCCUAAGCCUCGCAGCUCAUUGGACGAUUGCGGCGACGAUGACCAACCGAAUGCCCGGAACCCUGUAGCCUCUCGUUCUUCGAAUGCGAGUGCUGCCAACACAGGAGCCCUCAUCGCCUCUAAAAGAUCCGCAUCACUCGCCACUUCCCCCGUCGCAGCUUCUUCCACCCACCCUGUGCUUACCGCAGCGGCCAAUGCUGGUGGCACUCCACUGAUUGGCUUUUCUGUCGGUGGUGCUCCAAGACGCCGCUCCACCGGUUUCAGUUUCGUUUCUUCAUCCGGUGUGAAUACGAAGAAGUUGUACGAUUCUCUUCUAGUCGUUCUACGCAUCCGCACCUAUUUGACCAACUUGUGCAUCAUUUGCGAUCCGGAAUCUCUCAGCCAAAUGUCCUCCAGACUUGAGCCUGGCUCUAAAGAUUCCAAGUCUUCAGUGACGACCGCAACUACUUCAAGUCCCGUCGUCUCCGGUUCGGCCACUAACGGUUGGUCAACAGAUACCACCACCACAUCCUCCUCCCCAUCGAGUACGCCGAACAAGGUGGACACGAAACCAACCAAAGUGGUUCAUCCACCGACGACCGGUGGAUUUACCGAAAAGCCCAUCCCUUCAAUAUCCAGCCCCAUUACCUCCACUACACCGACACCCCUUAUGCGUCCGAUACUCGGAGCCCAGUCUGUAGAAGAUGCUCGCAAGCUGUUGGCUCUCAGUGAGGCUCACAAACGCAUGCACCACCGUAUUCCUGCGUUCACCUUUCCCAGUGCGCCGCCUCAAUCCAACACAGCGGCCCAAUUUGUCUUCGUUGCGCCUCCAUCCGCGCCUCAUGCUGGUGUGGGCCUCGGACAGCUGCAGCACCCACACCAUCCCCCAAUUCAACCACAGUGGUCGAGCCAGCCGACGACAGUCAUGAUCUCCCAUCGUUGGGGUUCCAAUCUCGUUCCGACCUCCUCUUCGUCUUCCUGUUGUUCCUCAUCUUCAGCAUCGUCGUGUCAAAACCCCCAACAUCACUAUCAUCAUUAUCUGCAUAAUCACCCUCAUCAACAUCCACAUUCACUGCAGCAGCAAGCCCAGCAUUUCGGUUCGACCUACACUCUCAUGGGCAGCAAAAGCUUCCUACUGGACACUCUUAUCCCAACACCCCAGCGUAUUGGCCAGAGCACGGUGCCGACAGUGCGUUCCGUAGGCAUGGGAGCGCAGCAUGCUAAUGUUCUACACCCGGUUCAUCGUGUGGUUGGAACGACAAACAGCGUCAGCGCAGGUGCAGCCAAUUACGGCCACUGCAAUGGUGCCAAAAGUUGCCCGUCCCAGCAAACAGUGAUGGCACAGCAAAACCGCAUUGGUCCCACCUCUCGAAAUUGUGCGGAUCGCGUAUCUGCUCAACUUCCGAAUAAUCCUCACGGUCACUCGCUCCAGCCUCAACGGUAUACAUCCCAACAACAACCGUUUAUAAUACAGACCAUCCCCGGUGGGACUGGGCCCAAGCCGAAUCUUCCUAAGCAGGCGAGUUGCAAUGCACUCGUCAACACCGGCAACAGCAGUCAAGUAUUUUUCAACGGCGGUGUCCAUCACGUCAAAACACUCGCACCCAACAUUCGAUCGCAGCAACCGCGUCCAGGUGCCCCUUUAAAUAACGCCUACCGAUAUCCCACUGCGAACAUGCACCCUAUGGGCGUACUUCCACAUCAGUACAAGCGGCCGAUUAUCCAGCGGAUAAACCAACAGAUUAUGGAUUGGAAACCUAAUCGUCCCCCUCCUUAUGAAUUGGCACUCGCUCUUCGACAGCGGCAACCCCGAAUACGUGAUGACUCCCAACUCGGUCGAGCACAGCAACAGUUUUCGGAGCCUAACAUUUCCAAAGGCUCUGCGGAUUCUCAGUCGUCUGCUGCAUGUCGCCAUUUACCACAGACCCAUGGUCUUCACACAGAUGGUCCUCUAUUGUCCAACUCGUCAAGGCUUGCAAUGCCGACUCGCCAUGGUUGCAACGACCUGGAACGCGGUCGUCUUGGAUCUCCCGUCCAGAGUCAGUACCCACCAGGGGCUCCUCGAUCGGCUACCGAAGCGAGUCGUAUGGAUACAAAGCUUCAAGAACGUCUGAUUGGGUCGAUACCCUGCUCGCCCCCCACAAGAACCCAUCAGCGCCCCGCUCCCCCCUCAUAUCACCAGGUCGUUGCCAUGACUCGGCACAAUCAACAAUCACAACAGUCAUCCCAGUCAACUGGCAAGCCCCCAACGCACCACUCCGCUAGAUUAGGCCCCGAGCGUCCGAUUCCUCCCACGAGAACUGUGGCUACCUUGUCUGGAUCGAACCACGCCUCCACUCGGUCUGCCUCCGUGUGUCCUACCGUGGGUAUGAGCACACGAUCCGGACAGCCUCAACAUGGCAUUUCCAGUUCUGAACCAUCCUACGAUCCUCACAAGCCCAGGCGUCAUUUCGUACUCGAUCCCGGUCAUCAACGAUGAAGGUCACGUACCCUCUUCGCCCCCGAGGAGGUUGCACUUCGCGGUCACGAUGAGUUGCUGGUUCCACCCGCUGUUGGGCUUUCCUUUCUUACUGUACGCUGCUAUCAAGUCUAUCACAAUUUCGGGCGGAAUAUGGUGCAUGCGUUUAUCGCUUAAAUGCGUUUUCCGUUCUUCUGGCACUCUGUACUAGAUGUUCAUCAUUCGUCUCGUUUUCGCUCCCCCAUUUCGACGUCAUCCCACGACGGCGGGUACACUCCGCAUGCUUACCUCUCUCGCAAAUUGCGUUUCCAGACCACUCAAGUGCCCAUUCUCAUUAGCACUUUGCCUUGUCGGCUUUUUGCCUCAUCCUUUGCUUCCAUCCCCCACACUUGUGAUGCAGUGCAUUACGCGAUUUCCGACUUUUAUUUUCACUCCUUUGUUGUUGUUUUUUACUUCAUCUCUCCUUUGUACAAUCGAAUGCAAUAGACACAGUGUAUAGCGUU